AUGUGCCGAGUCAAGGAGGGGAAAGUCCAGAAGCCGAGCGUCGCCCCCGCGGCGGCACCGCCCCGGAGGCGCGGCAGGCCGGCCAUCGACUGGACCCGGUCCCGCAAGCGGCGCCUGCUCCGGCUGUACCUCUGCACGCCCGAGGCCGAGCUGUCCCUGAAGAACAUACUCGGUCUCCUGGCCGAGGGCCCCUUCCAGCCCAAACCACGCCACACACAAUGCCUCCUCAACGACAUGCUGUCCAAGUCCUACCGCCAAAAGCGGCCCAAGAACAGGACCACCAUGGGCGAGCGCCUGGCCUUCCUCCGGGCCGCCCGGUGCGGCCAGCUCCAAACAGAUCCACCGCAGCAGCGCGGCAUCGCCAAGGAGUGUGCCAUCCUCCUGAAAGCGCGCCCCGGCGGCGGCGGCGGCGGCGGCGGGCGCCCGGAGGCCGACGUGGCGGCACGGGCGAGAAACGCCAGCGGGGAGCCAGACGACUUCGACUCGCCCUGCUCGCCUCUGAGCCAAAAGCCGGACACGGCGUCGAACCCGAGUCGCGGGUCCUUGGACACGGGGGAGCCGCGGCGCACUUCGCUGGCUAGCAGUGAAGAGGCGGGCCCCGCUGCCGCUGAGGCGGUGGUGUCACCUGCCAUCUUCCGAAAUCCGUGGUCGACCUGUGAGGACGUGCGCUGCGAGAGGGCCGAGUUCCUCCGCGAGCGGUGCCCGAGCCGGUCCUCGUCGUUCCUGGCUGACGUGGCUAGCUUGCUGGGCGGGCUGUCGAUCCGGUCGAGCCUGUCCCGUUCGUCGAGCGGGUCGUCGCGGCGGAGUGCGCGGUCGGUUUCGUCGAGGGUUGAGGCGCUCGGCUCGGAGGCGCAGGGUGACUGGGAGGAACGGCCUUCCUCUGGGGUGUCGACGGCGGAGAGUUUUGCUUGGUCUGGGGAUAUGGCCGUGGUUGCUGGGCUUGAUGAAGUGGCGUUUGCGUCAUCUGAGUGGACAAGCCUGGCGAGGGAGUCGUACAACCCGGGAGGCAGUCCUCAUACACUGGAGAAUCAAGAACUGGUCAGGUUCUGUUGCGGCAGGACGUCCUGGUGCAUACACCAGCGCAUCAACGCCGUUUUGAUGCAUGGAAGCCCGGCCGAGACAUUCGCCUGCACCGCGGCCGAGGUGAACAGCCGCGACGGGCUCGGUAACACAGCGCUCCAUGUCGCCGCGCGAUGGGGGGCGCCGGGGCCGGUGCUCUUCCGCAUGAUGAUGCUAGCGUCACAUCCCAAUGCCGCCAACCACCGCGGCGAGACCUUCCUCCACGUCCUCGACCCAACACCCCUCAACCCCGGCGAACUCGCCCACAUCACCAAGCGCCUCGCUCGCAGCGGGUUCGACUUCACGCAGCUCGACCACUCCGGCCGGAGCUUCGCCUCCCGGCUGCUAUCCCGCCCCUCAUUCUCCCUCGACUCCCUCGAAGCAGUCUUCUGCCACCUCGCCGAGCCAGCCCGCCUAGCUCUCCUCUGCGCCGGCCCCCACCAGCUCAUCAACGGCAUCCGCGCGCGUCUCGCCGCCGACCCCGCACAGACGCCAGACUUGGCCGCGGAGUAUUGCACUUACUUCACGGCGCGCUACGGCACACCCGUCGGCUCGUUCAGCGGCUGCUUUGCUCCGCCGUGA